GGAUGUUUCAUUUGGAUCUUGGUGCGCUAGUGCGUCGCUUAGUAUAUGCUGUAUUAUACUAGCGUCAAGGCAAGCGAGUCUGCCUCUUUCCAAUGUCUUUUUAAGCUCCCUUCCUUCCAAGAUCUAUUCCUUCAUAGUUUCUUCCAAGAUCAAGUUCAACACCUACUUCAACACCUACUUCAACACCUACUUCAACACCUACUUCAACACCUACUUCAACAGCAAUGUCAACACUAUAUCCAAUUUCAAGCCUUCUAUACGAUCCCAGAUAUAGUACCAGAAUUUCGCAACCCAAGCUUUAUGGUCGCACAAUUCCCUUCGGACCCUAUACUCCGGAGGAUCUAGAGAAAGCACGCCGCCAGUUUCCAGAGGAAAAGCUGGCAUCUAGGGCGCUAGAAAAGCUUGCUUACGCUAAUUGGUGUGGAAGUAGUAGCAACAAAUGGUUCUGGAAAAAUAACUACCGCUACACUUGCGGUGACGAUAUCAUCUACAAACAAGUAUGGGUGCCUAGAACCAAAGAAGUUCGUUGUCCAUACAAUUACAAAAAGUAUUUGGUUCCACUGGGUGGCCCUCCAACGCUCUCCCAAAUCGAUAUCCCAAAGCCACAUAGGCUAUCAAACCUACUCAAGCACCGGAGCGAAAUGGAAUGGAGCUUGCCUAGGGGUCAUCCCCGCCAUCUUUUGAAUUUCCCACAAGAAAUUCUAGAUUCUAUCUUUGGGUUCGCAUUGAUCACCAAAGAUCUCGCGGUUUUCCCCGAUGUCUCCACCUCGAACAAGGUGCAAAAGUACGAGGAUCCCAAAUUUCAUCAAAACUACACAUUAGGUGGAAGAGUGUGGGAGGACCAAGGUUACGUAAAUAUGAUUUGCCACGACGCUCUUGAUUUAAGUACGAUUAUUCAAGAGCAGCGAUAUGAUGCCCAGGGGAAAUACAUUGUUAUUCGGAGGGUUUUCCGCCCUGUAAUCGACGCGACACUUCUACGGGUCUGCCGGAGCAUUUGCGAUCAGGCAACUAAACUGUUAUAUGCAGGGAACGAGUUCCAGUUUUUGGCAACGAAGACCGGCAAGUUGGGUGCCCCAGAUUCGUUGUUUGAAGACAAAUUUUAUCCAAACUCUUCAUCAAUCAGGGACUUUUGUCAAGGAAGAGAUGAUCAAGAAGCCGUAGAUGUACGAGAAAGAGCCGCCCUUGAUGCUAUCAAUAUCAUCGAGAACAGAACACCGGUGCUAGAUCUGGACUGCGACAUGUAUCACGAUCUCUUCGUACGAUUUCUUCGUGCGAUUGGACCAAGCAAAUCUGCUAUGAUCAAGACUCUACAUUUUGGCGGAACUAUCAAGGCACACCACUGCUCUCAAGAAUCCAGCUGUGGAAAAGUUCGCAAGUAUUGCGAAGAUGACUUGAUCGAGAGUCUUCUGUUGUACAUUCCUCUCAUUAAGAGGUUUUGCACGAACUUACAAAAGUUGGUGAUCAACAUCAUGUCGAGAGACAGAGAUACCAGCGACAGCUUCAGGUCAGGUCCCACACAAUUUAAGCACGAUGAACGAGAACUCCAGUCUUAUGCACGACUGCAAGCUUUGCUGGAAACCCAGAUCAGAGGGUUAAGCACAGUUCAACAACUACAGAUUUACGAUGAAGACCACGAGAAAGUAGAUUGUGCGAGAGACACAGAAGCAUGGUUUUCUGAGAGAACUCGCCGUCGGGGACUCGAGGCACUUGAGCAGGCAAAGCUACAGAGCAGAAUGGAGGCGUUGGAUAUUGGUAAUGAAAAUGCCAGUAGCUCUGUCGAAACUUCUGUCUGAUAUUCCGGAAAGGUACCAAUAUCCCACAACUCUCAAUGGACAAGUCAUAAGGUCUGAUUCAAUAUCUAGAGAUCAGGGAUAUCAAGUAUUAUAUUGACGCACUAAAGGUGUUGAGUCCAUACAAAUGUGUCUUUUAAUAAAUGAAACAAUAUUCUACA